UGACCCUAGAUAAAUUUAUUAGGGUGCACGAUAUAUUGGGGAACACAAUAUCACCACAAUCAUGUCUCAAACUUAUGUUCAUUCAGUUGAAAACCUCCUUCCUGUGGACUUAGACCCUUUAAGGUAUCACUCAGCGCCUCUAAGGCUGUUAGUUAAAAAAUAUCUUCUUUAAUGCUGCAAAAAGAGAAAUGUGUGCCUUUCUGAUGGGUUUCUUAAUCUUAAGCUGACUUUCCCACCUGUUGUUUUCUUGGUGCAGCCAGGAUCUCUAAGCCUUCCACUUAUUAGAAAUAAGGCAAUGCGUUUAGGGAUUAAACCAUCUGGGAGUUCCUGCUCCAUCACACACUGGUUCCUUGACUUUGUUGAAGUGUCUCAUCUGCCCUGAGCCUUGUUUAUGCACCUGGAAAAUGGGGCUAAUAAUAAUUCUCUUUCCUGGGGCUCUUUGGAAAGUUACAUACAAAUGGAGCUUAAUUAGCACUCAGUAAUUGACCAUUUUAAAAAAUAAGUUGAGUAGCUGGAAUGGUGGCCCAGCAGUUAAGAGCACUUUCUGUUCUUGCAGAACACCCUGGUUCGGUUUCCAGCAUCCACGGCUCAUGACUGGUUGUAACUACAAUUCCAAGGGAUGCAAUAUCCUUUCUGGCCUCUGCAGGUACCAGGGACGCACCUGGUGCAUAUGCAGGCAAAUACACAUAAGAUAAAAAUAAAGCCUGAAAACAAGAGGUUGCAUCUUGGCCUGAGUUCAGAUGAUAACCAUAGUUUAAUGCCUGGCUAGCAGCACCAUCAUGGUAAAGCCAGAGUCACAGCAGCCAAGGCUUUCACCACAACAUGGGGAAUCCUACGCCUAUCUGUGGCUGAUGGGACGGGAAGGCGUGAUUGCCUGCCUUCACCUGCAUUACUCCUGGUGUGACUUGCUAGCACUCCUUGUUGUUAUUCAUUUCGGGUUGGGAUGGGUUUCCCUUAGCCAAGUACGAAUCACUAGAUAAUGUUCUGAAAAGGUAGGCCUUGAGUCUUUACAUCUGUAGAUUGUUUGCUGCGUUUAGCACAGCAUGCAAUCUGAAGGAAUCUUCUAUUCUUUGUGUAUAGAAUGCACACCUCACGUACCACACUGUCAUAGAAUCAUCCUGACAAUGCCAUUAUAAAGCCAGUAGCAGGAGAGUGCAGAGAAAUCCUGGAUGUGUGACAUUGUGGACCAUGUGAGCAAGAAGAGGCAUUGUGUACUUAUUCUUCUCAAAAUCGGGAUUCCAGGACAGUGGAUACCAAGGGCAGGGUGGUGGGAAUGCCACCUCAGGGGAGGACAGAUUGUCUGAAGAGAACCACAAAGUGACUAUACACCUGACAGACAGACAGCUGGCAGUAUCAGCAUGCCUACUUCUAAACAAUCUCAGUACUAAAAUGUUCUCUCUGGAAAAUACUGUCAUGUUGAUCUGGUUCAAACAGUUGUGAACUUCCUUCUGAGCCUUAGUAUUGUACACUGGUCCAAAGUAUUAUUCUCUAUUACUUAUGUUUGAUUAAUCCAAAAUUCCCAGGAAAGCUAAUCUGAAGAACUCCCAGAUAUACUGGGCCCAGUACAUGGGACUCAGCUUCCAGAGUUAGUUCCUAAAACUCUGGCAUGAUGCUCAGUGCCUUUGAUACUGUGGGUCCCAACUCUGGAAAAUGUGUUAGGCAUUUAAAGACAUGAAAAAUAAACAGCUUUUUUCCCAUGACAGACAGUCCACAGAAUCCUUUUUGAAUUAUUUUGCUUAUUUCAUAGUGUGUGACAUCUGGAACAGAAUAUAUGGUAGAGGGUAGGAAGAGAGAUGAUUUGCUUGGUAAGUACAGACGUUAGUUCAAUGUGAAAUGCCUGUGUUUAAUCUGUCUGCUGUUAUUAUAGCAAGGAGGGGAUUGUUUAGAAGCUGGUCAGCCUGGGACUGGAAUACAGCAUCAGUGUGAAAGUUAUACCAACAGAUAGACUUCUAUCUUGAGGUGUCUUCCUAUGAGAAUUGUUCUCACUGUUUUUUCCCCUCUCAUCUCUUCUGUCUGAAACUGUUCCCAAAUUGUAGGAUUACCUGUGAGGAAGCGAUAUACACCAUUAAGAUUUGUCUGAAGACAAUAUGGACACAAAUUCAGUCCUCUACUUAGCUAGUCUCAAGCCAGGAAACUAGGGAUGCCUUGCUCAAUCCCUCCUUUCCUUUUGUAAACUGAGUGGGGGAGCUCCUGAAGAGUUGGGGUGAGUAGAUGUGAGGCAGCAGAGUCGCCGCGGCUGACAUAGCACGUAUGAGCGUGGUCCCCCUGCCUCUCUUUCCCCUUCUGCAUCCUGAAGUGCGCGUAUGUCUUCUGAUGCAAACACAGAAGAUGUCUAUGGAAUGAUGGUAAUUCAAAGGUGAUAUCGACUAAUGUUUACUGUGACUUAUCUGUGCAAUGACCGAUACCAAUGACUCUGUUUAUAAUCUGACCUGUGCCCUGAGCCUCUCUAGACUCUACUUAACAAUGCGAAGGUUGAGGAAAGGAAAUCUGGACUUUAGACCAGCCCUGAAACAACAUGCAUCUCCUGGUUAGCUGAAUGAAGUAACAACUCCAUACACAGGGUUGGAAGAGUUCAUUUUUAGUUCAGGCAUUCAGGAAACAGGAAAGUGCAGGUCAAAGCAGCUGUCCACAGCAUGCUCAUUGGCUUCUGAGGGGGAGAACACAUACAUGGACAGAGAAAAGAAAAGGAAGAGGCACUCAGCUAGAUGCUCGUUGGUUGUUCAUGUCAGAUCAGCAGCAAUGAGGAGAACUACCCAAGGGAGCCUUUCCUUGUUUUCUUCGACCUCUGCAGCUCUGUGAUGGCUUAGCAGCUUAGUGUGUGCCUAGUCUUGUUUGAUUUGCAGCUCAUGUGACUGUCACACUGCGUUGGACUGGAUGAAGGAUGUUUUGCUUUUGCUUACUUACAGCACUUCUAUAAGGAUCCAAUUAUCCACUUAAGAUAUAGGGAAGAGUCUUAUAGUUAUAAAGCAGCUACAAAGUCUAAGAAUCCCUGACACAGUGUACUAGGGAUCACCUCCUGUGAGCUCCAGAUCAAGUUGUUCUGGUGUGUGUGUGUGUGUGUGUGUGUGUGUGUGUGUGUGUGUGUGUGUGUGUAGUCUAGUUCCUUUAAGGCUCUUGCCUCCUUGGCUUCAACUGCACUGUGUCUUGCAUUUGCCACUUCUUCCUUGUGACUGAGCCCCAGGCAUGUUUCUAAUCCCAGUGUUAGCCAUUGGCCCCAUGGGAUUCCAUGGCAGUCACCGUUCCCCACGUGCUCCUCACUUGUCCUUGUUUUUGUUCUUGUCACUCCCACAGAUGUAUUGGGAGCCCAGCAGGAGUCUGUUGAAAACGUACCGCUGUCUACCUGGGUUGCAGUGGGAGUCCUUUAGAGCAGCUAGUCCUCCAGUCAAAGCAGGGCUCUUCAAAGCGUGGGACAGGCGCUAUACUCUUGUUCUGAGCGAGAAAACACAGACAGCACCUUGGCCACUGUCUCUCAGUUCCAGAACUUGACUACAAAGCCAAAUGCUAGCCUUUCAGAUUAUACAGCAAUCUGAAACUUCAAGUCUGAUGUUAGUGUGUAUCCUUUGAGGAAAGUUCCCAUGGAAUUGUUACUGCAUAAGAGACCACAGGGCAUCCCCCCUAGUAUCAGCCUAAGAGCAAUCUGUGUUUAAUAUUUGAAGGUGUUUUUCCAUUCUUUCCUCUAAGUUGACCAUUUUCUCACCACUUCUCAGCUAUUACAGCCCCUCUGAGCAUGUCUAGUAUGGGGUCAGCUCCUCUUCAUCAUCCUCAUGGACCUCAGUUCUUCUUCUUCACUUGCAUGGAAUUUCUCCACCCCUCAUCUCCCAGUGAGCAAAAGUCCUUUGAAGGUGAGGACCCUGCCAUCUGAGUCAGCCUUAGACCCGCAGCUCCUCUUCUGCCCCUUCCACACAUCUGGCACACAUGGAAGGAAUCGUGAAUGUGUAGGUGUCAGUUGGCAUUAUUUAAAGGGGGCAGCUGUGAUAGAGUCACAGCAGAAAGUGUGUGUGAAACUGGAAGUCCUCAUGAGUGAAAGGAAGCACACUGUACAUGGGCCAUCUCGCCCUUGAAUGGUCAAAGAGCCCACCUUCCCAGAAAGUAAAGACUCAGAUGUUGAUGGGCAAAGAAAUAGGUGCAGAGAGCAAGCAGCAGGGGUUAGGUCUUGAAGGCUAAUUCAUUGCUACUUCCCAGCCAUGGCUUCCCCAGACAUGGAGCAAAUGUGAACUGGGAGAGGGUCUGGCUGCUCUGACUCACUUGCUCUCUUCUAGAACUGAUGUUUCUGCCCAUGCCUCCCCAUAGGUACAAUGACAGCUCCAAGCAGAGCAAGAGGAGAAUCUUUAUCACAGGGACUAAGUCCACUCUGAGUCAGAGUUGGCCGAUAAGUCUGCACAACUGACGUCGUGCAGGCAGACUCCACUUCCAAAAUGACAUUGGUAAUGUGAUCUUCGGGGAGUGGAUUAGACUUGACACUCUGUGACUAUGAUAAUUAUGUGAUCUAGUUUUCUAAGACAAGUUCCAAUUUCAAAUACUUCACCUCAGAGUAUUUUAAGUAUGUUUGUCCUUGCUUCUGUGUGUGUUUGAGAGAGCAAGAGUACAUGCAAACAUAUACCUAGUCCAGAUGACCAAUAUUGGAAAAAAACAAGUAAACAAGAAGUAAUUCUGACCUUCUAAAUGCACUCUUCACGGGAGUUCCGCCAAUACAUUUGAUUGAUGGCAAACUACCCGCCUGAGGAUUUUCUUCUCUUGCUUGUAAGGUUUCCACAUGUGGCAAAAGGCAUUUGAUAUUUCUUUUACACUGCUCUGAAAAUACAAUAAAAGUAUUGAUGAGGAGAAGAAUAAAUUCUAAAUGAGUUAGUAUUUCUCAUGUGUUUUCAAAAAUAGAAGUCUGAAGAAACAUAAAGCAUAUUAUUCAAUGAGACUUCUAUAAGCAGAUACCAUGGGAUCUGUCAACAUUUGAGCUCAAACUCUUAAUAGAAUUAAAGUUUUGAAGAGGAGCAGGCUGACUUCUCUAGCGAUUCUGUCCUCGGGUGAUUGACGGUCUUGUUUACAGCUGUUGUAUUUGUGCUUCCCAAAGUAACAGUGCAGUUAUAGCAGUGAGCUGUUAAUAGAUUUGCUCUUUACCAAGAAUCUUAUCUACAGCCCAAGUUUCCAGGCUGAGCCGGGAAGAGGAGGGGAGCCUUACAAAGCCGCCAUGUUAUUAAGGUCAGUGAAGCAGUUCUGGCCGGUCAGAAAAGCCCUAGUUUGUUUUUGUCCAGUCCGGUGACACAGAGUUGGCUGGAGACUCCGUGGCAUUAAUCAUUUCCUUUCCGCAGCAUUGGAGCUUGCAAACACGGGCAGAGGGAGUGUCCGAACUGCCCUCUGCCUGGUCCUGCCCACUCCUGGGUUCUUCCAAGUUGGUAGGGAUUGAACUUCAUGCAGAGCCGCUUUGCUGGACUAGUGCACCCUUUCAAGUAACUGCUCCCAAAGACGAUCUGUGGUUUCCAUCUCGUCGGAGGACCUGUGUGGUACCAAGCUUCACACAUGACUUAAUAAGGAAAUGCCAGUGCAGAAGAGGACACAGCAUGACUACUAACCUAUGACUCCUAACAGUAUGACAGAAAAUGGCCUUCCAGCCUGGGACAAACAGAAGCCCCGUCCAGAGCGAGGACAGGACUGGAAGCUCGUAGGAAUGUCCGAAGCCUGCCUGCACAGGAAGAGCCAUGUGGAGAGGCGCGGUGCACUGAAGGAUGAGCAAGCAUCCCCACACCUCAUCCAGGCCACUUGGACAAGUUCUAUAUUCCAUCUGGAUCCUGACGAUGUGAACGAUCAGAGCGUCUCAAGUGCCCAGACCUUCCAGACCGAAGAGAAGAAAUGUAAAGGGUAUAUCCCCAGCUAUUUAGACAAGGAUGAGCUGUGUGUAGUGUGUGGGGACAAAGCCACGGGGUACCACUACCGCUGCAUCACCUGUGAAGGCUGCAAGGGCUUCUUUAGAAGAACCAUUCAGAAAAGUCUCCAUCCAUCUUAUUCCUGUAAAUAUGAAGGAAAAUGCGUCAUAGACAAAGUCACUCGCAACCAGUGCCAGGAAUGUCGCUUUAAGAAAUGCAUCUAUGUUGGCAUGGCAACAGACUUGGUACUGGAUGACAGCAAACGGCUAGCCAAGCGGAAGCUGAUAGAGGAGAACCGUGAGAAGAGGCGCCGGGAAGAGCUGCAGAAAUCCAUUGGGCACAAACCAGAGCCCACGGAUGAGGAAUGGGAGCUCAUCAAGACGGUCACCGAGGCCCAUGUGGCCACCAAUGCCCAGGGCAGCCACUGGAAGCAGAAGCGGAAAUUUCUGCCAGAAGACAUUGGACAAGCACCCAUCGUGAACGCCCCAGAAGGUGGCAAGGUUGACCUGGAAGCCUUCAGCCAUUUUACAAAAAUCAUCACACCAGCAAUCACCAGAGUGGUGGAUUUUGCCAAAAAGUUGCCCAUGUUUUGUGAGCUGCCCUGUGAAGACCAGAUCAUCCUCCUCAAAGGCUGCUGCAUGGAGAUCAUGUCCCUUCGAGCUGCUGUGCGCUACGACCCAGAGAGCGAGACUCUAACCUUGAAUGGGGAAAUGGCAGUGACGCGGGGCCAGCUUAAAAAUGGGGGUCUUGGGGUGGUGUCGGAUGCCAUCUUUGACCUGGGCAUGUCUCUGUCCUCUUUCAACCUGGAUGACACGGAGGUUGCUCUGCUUCAGGCCGUCCUGCUGAUGUCUUCAGAUCGCCCAGGGCUGGCCUGUGUUGAGAGAAUUGAGAAAUAUCAAGACAGUUUCCUGUUGGCCUUUGAACACUAUAUCAAUUACCGAAAGCACCACGUGACACACUUUUGGCCCAAACUCCUGAUGAAGGUGACGGACCUGCGGAUGAUUGGAGCCUGCCAUGCCAGCCGCUUCCUCCACAUGAAGGUGGAGUGCCCCACGGAGCUCUUCCCCCCUCUCUUCUUGGAAGUGUUCGAGGACUAAGUGGACUGGGCAGGUUCUGUCAUUCCUGCAGCGCUACUGGAUGUCGAUUCAUUCCACCUCUGGCUCUUUGUGUUGUUGUUUCUUUGUUGCUUUGUGUCUGUCGGGUGGGGUCAUCCGGAGUCAGUGGGUCACCAAGGCGGAGGCGGGAGGAAACUGUCUCUUGAAUGUGGGUCUUUGUCGCUGUCACAUUUGUUCCCCAGUCCUUAGUGUGAGUGCUUUGAAGGGUUUACAGCAGUGGAGGGUGAGUGGGGGGACACUCAUUAUCUCACCAGCACCAGCCAUCACCAGCUCCCAUCUGUCCCUGGUCGGAGACUCAAGCAAGCCAAAUGGCACUGCAGAAAACUAAAGAAGCCUUAAAGCCACAACCGCGGUCAUCCUGAGCCAAUUCUGAUGUGCGCAGGGCGAAGCUGGCAGAGUCCAGGCCCCCUCGGGUUGGGUGUGGCUUUCAGUGUGUAAGGGUUAGAAGCAGAUUCUACCCAGGAGCUCACCAUUUCCAGCACCCUGACUCUCCAAGCAGCAUGACUUGGAAUGUGCAGGAAUAGCCACACCAUAACCAGUCAGCUUUCCUUCCCAUGGCCUCUUGUAACCUGGUGAUUUACUUCAAGUUGGACAGAGUAUGACUUGAAGACUUGGCUGGUUUGAGGCCACAAGGAGAGUCUUUUUCUCAGCAUGCCCAUAGAGCUGGGAAAUCUCCAUCAACGUUACAAGCAUAGUUUCCAAAAUGCAAGUGGUAUUACCUCGAGCGGGAAGGCGUCUCCACAGCUUACAUAGAUUCACAAGCCAUUUCCACAAAGCUCAAGCCUGUUUACAGAGUGCCGUGUCUCUUUGGUGGCUCCGAACCCAGUCCCUUCCCCAGCUCACAGAGGUCUUUAUCCAAGUUGUCUUGGGGGCUGAUGUCACUUCCCUAUGCGUUAGAACUUCUGGUCAGGGGGAGACACACGUGUUGAAAUUCCAGUCUUGUUUGGGAAAAUCCCUGAGCAAGAUCAGUGCAGGAAUAUUCUGAUCCAAAGGAAAUGCACUACCCAUGGGCUAUCAUGGCGAAGGCUGUCCCGUGGCUGGAGGAUGCUUUCACUGGUCUUGGAUCCGUAAGAGCUUUACUUUAGUCACAAUUCUCGCCCAGCCCCUCUCCUCCCCACUACAGUCAGUGGCACUAAACAGCUCGACUCUUUUAAACACUAAUUCUUCUAUAGCUUAAACAUCAUUACACUGGCAAACAGUCCUCAUAAAACAACGGCAGACCAUGCAUAAAAACAGUUCCCUGUGCUGCCCGGCCUACCCCCAGUGACCCGCGUACAGUAGACGUUCCUGAGAAACAAGUAGCGACAACUUACUGCAAACGGGCAAAGGAUGUGCCCAUGCCACCGAAUGUACCCCAUUCCUCACUGACACCGCAGCAUGAACCUACCCCUUUGCCUGCCUGUCACUGCCUUAUCCCGGAAACACCGGGGAAAACAAGCCAUAUCAGCAAGACUUACUAAAAAUGGAAGAAAGGAAGUCACUGUGAAGAGUGAGGUACCGCCCUUGCAUUCAUUAGACUUGGAGCACACUUGGCCUCCCUGGAAGUCAGGGCACCUGAGUUCUAGUUUGUGCUUGGCCACCUGGUCGGCUUAGAUCCUCACAGUUUCAGUUUUCUAACUGGGUAAAUAAGUCAAUCUAAAAUCCCUCUUAUUUUCUCUGUUUAUGACCUUCCAGUAAAGGGGUGGGGAGUGUCCUUGAAAGAUCCCUUUCAUAUUCAAAUGUGUUGCCUUUAUCAGACAAAAGGCAAGGCCCAUUCAAAACUAAGAAAUGUAUCUAUUCAAAAUAAGAGUUUGACUUGAAGAAGGCAGGAUGGCCUUGGAAGAGGAGAGGCACAGUGCUCAAAGUCUCCAGAGCCUGCGGAAAUAGCCUAGGGAGAAGGCACACUUGUGUGCUAAAGCAGUAGACCGACUUCCCAGGUAAAGAAAAUGAGAACGCUCUGUGGACUUGGUGUAGACAUUAAAAUAGAAGCAAGAAGCUCCAUAGAUUCACGUUUAAACAUCCAUUGAGGGUUUGCUUUCCCAGGCAGCCUGUAGCCAGCCUCCUUCCUCACAAACUUCAUUAAACAUCUGUUCUCUCUGUCACCUCUCCUGGAGGACUUCUGUCCAGACAAUAAAAACAAGCUUGCUGUGAGGUAAGUUCUCCCAAAAGGAGAGGGAGGGAGGCUGGCUGGUGAGUCCCGCACAGGCUCACACUCUGCUAGGACACAAGAGUUUCUGAGGAAGUUUCCUGAUUCUGAUGGCUUCUGAAGGACAUCAGACACCUGGAUUCCAGCAUUAGUGCAGGACUUUGGACCUGGGUCAUGGAGGGUGCUGUAGGGAUUAACCACCACUGGGCACAAGCCCAAUCCUCGGCUGUCCAGUCAGUCCCAGCACGUUAUCCUCACUCUGUCAAAGUUCACCUUCAAGGGGCAGACCCUGCUCUAGCAAGUGUGCUGGAGGCUGAGCAUUCCUACUGAAUAAGAUAUGCAAGCUUCAGUCUUCUUCUGGCAGAAGGAACGAGGCCAGCAGGACAUCAGAAUGACUAAAGUCGUGCCCUCCUCCGGGAAACUCCAUUUUUUGAAACUAGAUUGUGAGGAAUUGGCUCCCAACUUUUUUUUUUCUUUUCUUUUUAAAAAGCGUUUUCUUCUAAUCUUGUCCAGACUUUCAAAUCAAGUGGAUGUGGUGGAAAGAACCCUCAUACCUGCCCCACUGUGGGGAGACAUUCCAGUCAAGGGAAACGUGCCCAUCCCGCCGGGAUGCUCACUUACAAAUCAAUGUAUGGAUGAGAAGGCUGUGCACAUACAAUAGACGUGUGUGUGCACAUGUGUGUGUACCUGUGUUUGUUCCCUAAAGUGUGCUUUGCACUUCAGUGUCAAUGUGCAGAACUUCCAGAAACUGGAAGGGAAAAGAACAACUUUUACUCUCUACGAUUCUGCUGAAAACACCAUGUGCCGCCUCUGAGCUUUUCCUAGUGUGAUGAGCCUCAGUCCUCAGUGAUGCACUUGUGUGUUGGAGCCUCAGCGCGGCCCAUCCCCCACCUGUGGCCCCAGUGCCACCCCUGCCCAGUGCAAUCUGGGAGAGUGAGGCUGGCUCCACCCUGCACAUCAACCUGCAGGGCUGGCGCCCAAGCCUUGAUCUCCUCACACUCAGCCUCCCCAACCCAGCCUCAUGACCUGCUGGGCCUCUUCAGAGCAUGUCAUUGUCAGUGAGACAUCUUCAUUCUGUGGAAUUCAAACCUAUCCAUGUCAUAUUGACCUUUUGCUGCAUGAGUCAUAAAUUAUGAAAUCAGUCUUAUGGUUUUUGAGAUGUAGCCAGCGUUUUGUAAGGCUAAACCUUUUUCAUGAACUUAAUUGAAUAACCAAACACAGAUCCUCCUCAAAAUGAGAGACGACAGACAGUUGAAUCUCCUGGCCCUUUCUAAUGGCGAUGGCAUCAGGUCCUACAAUAAGCUCAUAAUUUCCUGUUAUUUUAAUAAUGCGGAAAUGUUAGCAUAGUGUUUCUUUUGAUAGUGAUAGACUGAUCCAUAUUUAAAUUUUAUAGAGAAGAAAUUUUAUUGUACUGUGAUGUAGAUAUUUAUUAUCCAGGUAAGGAUUUGCCCGGUGUGUAUUUUUUACAAUUGAAACAUUUUACUUUAAUCUUUAAAAAAAAGAAAAAAAGACAUUAAAAACACACACAUACAAAAAAAAAAAGGCUAGGGAAAAAAAGGUUUGGCCUUAUCACAGAAUUUUUACUGUGUUGUAUAAAUGUUUGCAAAUGAAAAAUUACACAUUUCUAGUGUGUUUCCACAUUAAUUAAUGCGCCUUCAGGAGCAAUAUUGUGCAGGUAAACACUGAUUGUAGCUUUCUGUUGCACAGCUCAAGCUGACCCACCUUAUGCACAAGACAAUCAAAUGUCAGUCUUUCCUCUGAGGAUGUGGACAGUACUCACGAGAUCACACGUGAGACACAGGAAGAGACUGUAGGCAAGCCAGUGCGCUGAUAGGGAGACGGUCGGUCAGGGCAUGAGUGCACUCGUGUGGCCCAAUGCCACUUCCUCCCUUUGGUUGUGUUUUGUGACCUUGGCAUCUGUCAUUUGACAUCAUAUAGCCAAAGUAGUUCUCCAUGCUUUCUUCAGAGAAGAUGAUUCUUUUUUCCAUAAUGUUUCAUGCCCUGAGAAUCAGGAAAAAAAAAAAAAAAAAAAGGUACAGAAGAGAGAGGUUUACAGUCAGUGGAAGAUUUGUGUUUUGCAAACAGUGUUAAGUGAUACUGCUAGAUUGGUAAUAUUUUUUUCAGCCUAAAAUUGUUGAAAUCUGUGAUCAAAAUGUUUUAAACUAUCCAAAAAGAAAAUUUGUAUAUUUGGGAAAAUGGAUUUUUACAUAGCUUUUGUAUGCAGAUAUUAAAUUGUAAUUAUGAAUAUAGUGGGCAUAGAUACUCAUAAGCUUAAAUUCUAAAAAAGAAAAAGAAAAAGCUUACAAUGGA